AUGCAUAACUCAGACAUGAUCUGCUUUGUUGUAGGGAGUUUCGUAUGGCUCCCCCACGUGAGAGGUGAGGAAGGCUGCCUUAACACUGAACUCUGUUCAGGUACAGAAUGGAACCAUCUGUGGUAUAUCUGGCUGGUGCUGGUGCUCGGGGGGCUCCUGCUGCUGUGUGGCCUGGUCUCUGUGUGCGUCAGGUGCUGCCUCCAGUGCCAGCAGGCAGGGGACGAGGCAGGCCCCCGGCCCUACGAGGUCACCGUCAUUGCCUUCGACCAUGACAGCACCCUGCAGAACACCAUCACCUCUCUCCACUCGGUGUUCGGGCCUGCUGCCAGGAGGAUUUUAGCCGUGGCCCACUCGCACAGCGCUGCCCAGGGCACGCCGCCCGUCUGUGCCCCUGACACCCCUCCCGUGUAUGAGGAAGCGCUGCACAUGAGCAGGUUCACCGUGGCCAAGGCAGGCCACAAGGUGCCCGACCUGGAGCCGGUGCCGGAGGAAAAGCCGCAGGCGCCCGCCGAGGGCAAGGACGCCCAGCCAGCCCUCCCAGGACACUGA